GGGCUGUUUUAAAAGUUUCACGAACGUUUUGUAUUAUUGAGAAUCUCUCGAAACUUCUCACAAUCAGAUGUCGCUGUCAUCAUUGUCUUUAUAAACAUUUGUAUUUCCAAUGUUUAGAUCAGACUUAAUUUCAAAAUUAAGCAAUAAAGAUGAUGAAAAUUACUGCUUUAAAUGAUUUUACGAAGGAUGAGGAUGAUUUUCAAGAGGAAAAUGUUCAAGUUUCUAAGGAAGCACAGGAAACUAUAGCGGCAAGUGAAUAUUUAAGAGCUUUAUCGCUAAAACAAAGUGGUAAAAGUGAUUUUGCCUUAGGUCUAUUUGAGGAUUUAUUAAGAACAAAUGUAAUUUAUGAUGUUCCAAAUGAUGAUAAAGACAACAAAUUAUUUUCUGUCAAAUACAAUUGCUACAGGAAUAUAGGAUUAAUUUAUGAAGAGAAAAAGGAAUAUGAAUUGGCGCUAAAAUUCCUCGUAGAUGCUAUAAACUUAGACGAUAGUGAUGUUUACACACAAUUGAAAGUCGGCAAAAUUGCCUUGAAACUUGAUAAGUUGAUGACCGCUAAAAGGUCAUUUGAGAAAUGUCUGGAAAGGAAUCCAAAUCAUUGUAGUGCUAAAGAUGGAUAUUUAGAGACUUUAUGUCAAAUGGAAUUGAUUGAAGCUGCUUAUGGAUUUGCUUUUAAGUGUUAUGCUGAAGAUCGGAAAUAUGAGCGCGCAAUUCGAGUGCUUAAAGAAAUUCGUGAAAGAUUUAAAUUCAGUCAGGAGUAUUAUGAUGGUAUUUAUGGAUAUGCACCUAAAUUUGAUGCAGAUUGCAAAAUUGUUUACGAUCCCGAAAAGAGUAUAUUCCCUACCAAUAGAGUACCUAAAUUUCCAGUGGACACAUACACCGUUGUUCCAGAUGAUAUGAAGAUUCAGGAAGAAGAAAUCAGUUGGGUCACGUUUGGAAAACUAAUUCAUAAAGUUUUUGAAUAUACAAUUGAGAAUAAGCAUAGCCUUCUAACGAUGUACAAAUGGCAUGAUUGGGUUUGUAAAACAAAAGAAGAAGAGCCAGAAAUUCCAAAGCCAACCGAAGAGAGUGAAACAACUGUAAAAUCACCAAACGAAGGAGAACAAAAUGAAGAAAUAAUGAAAGAACCUGACAUACAGUCAGAUGGCAAUGAUAUGAAAAGUCCAGAAGGUGACAGUGAAAAUCCCGAUCAGGAGUCAAAGAAGUCCAGUAAUCGUCGUAGAUGUAGUGAUUUAGAUUUUUUAAAGGAAUGGGGAUGGCAUAAAAACAGAAGAUCUACACGAAAGAAGCAGAAGGAAGAGGAAGAUACUGUAGACACAAGCAUCAAUGGAUUAAUCCGAAGAAUCCUUCCAAACUACUUUACUCAGACAUUUGAUACAAAAAAUUCACCAUUCAUACCGGAAGUAGUUACUGAUGAUAAGACAGAUGGAAAUGACACUUUAGACACAAGUAAGACUGAUGCAGAAGAUGAAGAAAAAUUCAAUGAAUUAUCAAAAGAAUCAUUUCAUAAAUUCAUUGCAACAUUUAAGGAUCGCGAAUUUGAUUUAUUAGUUCCGUUAUUUGAAUGGCUUCGAUACAUUUCAUUAUAUUGGAAUCAAACAAUCAUUCCAGCAGAGAUUAUAUCAAUUUAUAAGAAAAUCUAUGCAAUUUACGAAGAUUGCAUCGACUAUCAUAAUAUGCAUCACAUGUCUGAUGAUGAAUUUACUGCCACUUUUCGUGCUGCAAUGUUUUAUUUCGAAUUACUUUUUGAUGAAUAUGAAGAAACAAAGGCUGAGAUUCCCGACGAUUACGUAAGGUUGAAAGAUUUUCUUCAAGUUAAUAUUGCAUUUAUUGAUGAUGAUAUGGAUUGCACACGUAUGCUGGUUCGAUUACUUCGACUGAGUUAUGGAAUCCAUCUCCAUUAUAAUAACUAUAAAGACUCACUGGGAUUCUUAUAUAAAAUUGAGGAGAUAUUUGAUGUUCCAAAAUACCAGGACAUAGCAUUUGACUUUAAAAAUUGCAAGCACCAUAAGACAAUUGACUUUAAGACUGUUAAAGAUCUCGUCAUAAAAAUUGAGAGAAAAAUUAAUUUGGCAAGUGUCAAAAAGUUGUACGACACUCAAAAUUAUGAAGAAUUGGUAGAAAUCUUACUGGAGAGCAUCACGUACAGUACAGGACCAAAAGUAAAUAUCGACAGUCUGACCUUGAAAAUUCAAACACAAAUUGAGGUGCUACUUGAGUGUUUAUUCAGUUUGAAUAGAAUUGAAGAAUGCUUAUCAUAUGCUGAGAGAAGUCUGUACUAUGCAAUAACAAAUUUUGUGUCAGCACCAACUGAAUAUCGAUUAGAGGAAUGGGCAUCACUUGUCAAUUUUUGUCUCGUCUAUAUUGAAGCUAUUAUUCUUGAGGAUGGGAACGAUAUGCUGUUUACAUUGAAUGACAAAAUGCCAAGACUUGUACAGUCAUUGACUCAAAUUAUAACAAGUCAAUUGGAUUCACCAUUUGACAAGAAUUGCCCAAAGAUGCAUUUAAUUAAUUUAACAUCCCCAUGGAUCAUCCUAUUUCCACUUGUACAGCGUGAAGAUGACAUCCUCAAUGCUCUGCAUAGCAAAAAGAAAGCCACAGAAGAAAAUGUUGAGGUUGAAGAAUUUGGUGUCGUUGCUAAUGCAAUAACAAUGCUUUUUAGUGCUCAUGAGCUAAUGGGAAGAAAACAAUGGUGCAUGAAAGACAAUGGAAAAUUGUGGCUCUUCUUGCUCGAUAAUUUAGCUCCAAUUUACCGAACGCCAAUGCUUGAUCCAUUCCGUGAUUAUAUAGCUGAAAAUUUGGAGCAAACUACAUAUUGUUUAUAUGGAUUUCCUGCUAAGAAGGCACGAUUGCGACACAUUGAAGAGCAUGACGCAAAAAAUAUCGAUUUGACAUGGGAACGUGCAAUUCAGCUGUUUGAUCUUUAUAGACCCGAUACAUUGCCUGAAUUUGACUCAUUCAAGUUGUCAUCAAUUACUGCAGAAAUGGAGCAAUUACUGCAACGAAUAUUAGUGCUUAUUCCAAAGUGUCUUGAUAUUCAACCAUUCAUGAGUGAAGUUAGAAAUUUCAUCAAUGGAACAGCAACAGCGCUGCCAAAAGAAAUGAACAUACUGCCAAGUAAGAUUUCAACAAUUUACUACCUCCUCGCUGAUUUCUACUUUAAAAAUCAAGAGACUGGAAAGGCUAUAAAAUUCUUUAUCAGUGAUCUCACAAUGAAACCCGAUCGUUUUGAUUCGUGGGCUUCAAUGUCAUUAUGUAAGCAAAGUAAAUUGGAAAUGCGAUUGAACUCUUAUAAUUCAAUUGACGUAAAGAAUUAUCUCGAUAUGGCUGAUCAGGCAAUUGUUUGCUUUAAUCAAUGCUUAAAAUUGAAAAAGACAUCAACAAUUCUCACAGAAUUUGGAUCAUUUACUUAUCAUUUGCAUUCAUUCUGUUCGAGGAAUCUUAAGCAAGCAAGUGAGACAUUAUCGAUGGAAAACUUUGCAGCUCUCGAAGAGCGAAAAGAAAAAUUCCUCAAUUUAUCAUACAAAUGCUUCAGUGAAGUCUCACAGCCCACAUUCGACAAGACGACUGUUAAAAAUUCUGAAGAUGAUGAAAAUCACGAUGAGAAAUGGUAUUAUUCAUUCAUGUUAGGCAAAAUAGCAGAGAAGAGGAAAGAAGUACCAUCGGUUUAUUUGAAUCUAUACCUAAAAUCUGCAAAAUAUCUGUAUGAAGACAACGCAACGUAUCCAAUUAAAAUUAAUCACAAUAAUCCAACUCAUCUUGCCAUUGAGUCAUUAGAGGUUUUCUAUCGUACAACAGCGUGUAUUAUGAAAUUCAUUGAGCAACAUGGCAAAAUUAAUAAGCCGACUGCAAAGUUGUUUAUAAGAAUACUUAAGGAAUUGGCAACGAGCCCUUUUGCAUAUAAUCGAGCCAAAAUUAAUGAAGACAACAUAAAUGCAUUGAAGCGAAAAAUCAACACAAAUGGUGUAGGCGAGGCAAAUCAAUCAAAACAAAAGGUACCGAAAUUGGAACAACCUCAAGCCGCAAAGAAAUCUGAAGAAACUGAAAAUCUAUCAGAAAUGUUGUUAAAUCUCACAAAUGUAGUAGCUGAUGUUGAAAACAUGGAGGUUGAUGGAGUUCCGAAAGAAAAUGAUGAAUUGAAGACAGUUGAAAAGACAGAAGCUGAAGAGAAUCAGCAGGAGCCACCAAUUCAGCCAGUCAUUAGAAAAAUCAUUGAUACUGAAGCUGGAUCAAGGCGUGGAUCACAAGAAAGUGCCAUGACCUCAACAACAACGACUUCAACAACACACUCAUCAUCGACAUCAUCAGAUUCAAGUUCUGAUAGCUCUGACAGUGAUUCGACAAGCAGUGAUGAUGAAACGGAUCAAGAGAAUGUUUAUGUUGAUGAGGAAAUGAUAAGUACGAUUUAUAAGAUGUGUAUAAAAAACUUUGAGGAAUGUAUUAGCCGCUUUCCCGAACAUUACAAGUCAAUUUAUCGACUUGUAUAUCAUUUCUUGAAUAUUAAUGAAUCUAAAGAUAAAUGUCGACAAUUAUUGCUUACAAAUGACUAUAAAACGACACUCGGAAAUUCUGUUGGUGGAUUAUUUCAUGAGAGGAAAAACAAUAAUUUCUUUAAUGGAAUUUGGCGUAUACCAUCACAAGAAAUUGAUAGACCAGGCAAUUUCACCACUCAUUUGUCAAAAUGUGUCAUAAUUUUGAUGGAUGUGCUUAAGAAAACUAAUGAUUAUGAAACAUUAAUAGAUUUAGCAUUACAAUUGCAAAGAAAUCCUGAAGCAGACAAGAAGUAUCUCAGUGAUACCGACAAGAAAGAAUUAUUUCAACAAGCCGUAGCGUGCGGUGUACAAGCAUUUAAAAAUAAAUUGCGUGAAGUAAUGAAUGGCAUUGUAGAUGGUAAAAAUAAUGACAGAGAUUUACUCUCGCUUAUGUUGGAGAUUUUUAAAGCGAAUCGUAAGACAUUGAAGACGUUUCAACAAAAGGAUCAAAGUUUGUUUUCAGGCGUUUUAGUUGAAGUUUAUAGAGAGUACAUAAAAGAUAAAAUGAUUCUGCCAGAAACUGCCAAUUAUACAGAUUUGGCAUUUAAGAUGUGUCAACAAGAAAUCAAUUACCGUAAGAACUUAGAGAAAGGAAUUGUUACAACAAAUCCGAAUCCAGUAAUGCCAUUAUUACAACAACAACCAUUACAAACUCAAGCUACGUCUUCACCUAUCCUCGUUAAAUCAGUAAGUGAAAUAAAUAAAUCAAUAAUGAGCAGUAGUAAACCUGGAAAUCCUCCAAAUCCUCAGACAAAUAAUCAAAAUGCACUUUUAAAUGUUGAAAAGACUCCAAAUACGACCACAGCAUCUUCGUCAGCUACAACUUCAAGUUCUAGUGCAAGAACAAAGCCAAGAUCAUCAAAUUCCAAUAAAAACACAACAGCAAGUUCAACGAACCUGAAUUCUAUGUACAAUUCUAUGUUAAUGGCACUUUAUAGUAAUCCAGCUGUGCUCACUUCAUCAUACAUAAGUGAAUAUUACAAAAUGCUUGGCAUGCCAUCAUCCUCAUCAGCUGCUCCACAACUUACUGCUCAACAAUUAGCACUGCUUGGAGAUCCAAAUUUUGCAAAUACUUUGUUGUCUAGCUUAACUGGUGUUGGUGCAUCUCCAAAUUCUUCAAAAUCAGCAUCAAGCAGUGAAUUGAAAUUUUUAGAGUCACUAAUGUCAUCAACAGCAACAGCAGCACCAAGUAGUAAAGGAAAUCAUUUACAAGGAUUACAACAAAAUGUAUUGAGUAAUUCACUAUCGAUUACUACAACCACAAUUUCAUCCACAACAAGCACAAAUAAUAGAAUGUCAUUGGGAACAGCAUCUACAAACACAACAAUUUCAAAAUCACAACCAAAUGUCUCUGUCAGAAAAUCUAUGGGAGAUGUAAAAGAGCAUUCAAAGAAAUCAACAAAAGAACCAAAUGCUGCAAAGAUGGUGGAUAAUUUGAGUAAAUAUGGACUUUUAGGAACAAGCCUUAAUCUUCCAGAUCUUCCAAAAUCAUUGUCAAUUACACCAACAAUUCCGAGUGGUAACAGCAUGAAGAGUAGUUCUGAAAAGAAAUCAAAAGAAAAAUCAUCAGUCAGCGUGUCAGCAUCAUCGAUGAGCUCACUUGGAAAAUAUAAUUUAAAUUCAUCACUUUCAAUUACGCCUGAAACAUAUUCAUCAACACAGAAUGCAAGUCGUUUGAAUAUGCUGCAGUCAUAUCAAGAAUUCCUAAAAUCUUAUCCAAACAGUCAAGGUACUCCACCUAGUAAAAAAACGACAUCAUCACUGUCUGCUGGACAUGGAGUCACAACAUCUUUGCUUAAGCAACAAAAAUCUAAGAAUGUAUCACAGCCAUCAAACCAACAACAGCAACAAAAGAAAUCGCAAGUUCCAAACACGAAGAUUCCUUAUGACUUUGGAAAGAAUAUUGCAUCCAGCUUCAGUGGACAUCCAAUGGCAUCACCGAAACCUACACAUUCAUCAUCACCAUUUUCUCAACACACACCACCAUUGACACCCUCACCAUCUUCUAUCGUUAGUCCACCAAAGACAUUACAACAAAAAUUGGCUGAAAGAAAGCAACAAAAUCAGCAGCAAAAGAGUAAUGCAAAUAAGAAGCCAGAUAAUGAUGAUGUAAUUGUACUCGAUUGACUUGGCGAUUGAAUGUUUUGUAAUUAAAGUUUAUCGGUGAGAAUAUCAUAAAUAAAGAGCAUUUAGACUUUACAUCCAGAAAGAAA